AUGUCGGCACUUGCAGGGGUCCCAUGUCCUGACCUAAGUGGACCCCGAAAUCUUGGCCGAAAUUUUGGACGGAAGGCGCAUCUCGCGUUGGCCGACGAGCAUUUCUCCACGCCUUCCAAGCUCCACGGCUUCACGCUUCUGAUCGAGAUGCCGCCUUCACAGCUCAAGCGGCUCAAAGCCUCGCUCCGCGAGCAAGGCAUCACGGGACCCCAGAAAUCGAAGAAGCAGAAGAAAUCGCAGAACAAGAACGCCGACGCCCGCGCGCAGAGACAUUCGGCCCUCGCCUCGAUUCGCGAAUCGUUUAAUCCUUUCGAGUUCAAACACCUCGCGCGACCCAAAAAGUUCGAGUAUGUCAGCCAGAAUGCGGAUAAUAGCAAGAGAGUGCUUGGCCGACCGGGCGUCACGAAGAGCCAGGGCGAAGAGGCGCGCAAGAAGUCUCUGCUGCCGGAGAUGAACCGCAGGAACAAGGUUGGAGGGAUUCUUGAUCGCCGAAUCGGUGAGGAUGAUCCAACUAUGAGCUUGGAAGACAAGAUGAUGGCGAGAUUCGAGAGGGAGCAGCAGAAAAAGAGAGGUGGGAAUGUGUUUGAUCUCGAGGAUGGAGAUGAUGAGUUUCAGCUCACGCACGGCGGACAGAGCAUGACAUUCGACCACGAGAUUGGCGACGAGGAGGACUACGAUGCUGCUAGCGUUAGUGGUUCGAGCGACGGAGAGGAUGGCUUCCUGAAGCGCAAGAGGCGGAGAGACGAUGUUGAUGGCGAGGAGCCAGAAGAUGCAGCGCCAGAGGAAGAGCAGCCAGAGCGCAAGAAGAGUAAGGCCGAGGUCAUGAAGGAGGUCAUCGCCAAGUCGAAGCUGCACAAGUACGAGCGCCAAGCACAGAAAGAAGACGACGACGAUCUGCGAGAAGAGCUCGACAAGGAUUUGAACGAUGUUCUGGCCGCGCUACGGGGUCACAUGAACAAGAAGCCCGAGCCGGAAGCGCCCAAGGAGGCACCGAAAGGCGACUUUGGCAUGAACGCGGACCGCGCCGCGCUUCUAGCAGGAAGCUCGCAGGCUGCGAAGGACAAGGAGUAUGACACGAGGGUUCGUCAGAUGUUGCAAGAUGCUCGUGCAAAGCCUACAGAACGUACAAAGACCGAAGAGGAGAAGGCUCGGGAGGAGGCUAAACGCUUGAAGAAACUGGAGGAGAAGCGCAUGAAGCGCAUGCGAGGCGAGCCUGUUAGCGACGACGAGGAGCCAAAGCAGAAAGAGGUUGACGAUGACGAAGAAGAAGAGUUCGACAGUGAGAACGAUGAUGCGGCAGAGUUUGGGCUCAAGACUGCGGCCCAACCGUCGAGUAGACCGGAAGGCGUGGACGAUGAGGACGACUUCAUUCUGGACGACGAUCUUGUCGCUACUGAUUCUGAGGCUGACAUCUCGGGAGAUGAGUCGGAUGAUGCUUCAGAGAUUGACGAUACCAUGGCCAUGGACGAGGAUGAUGCAGACUUCUUGAAGGACGUCUUGCCUGAAAAGCCAAAGGCGCAAUCGAAAGCCGUCAAUGGAGUACUCACUAUCGGUGCAGACACUACAUCCUCCAAGCUUGCGUACACGUACCCAUGUCCGCGGUCACACGAGGAGCUCCUCAAGGUCUUCAAGGACGUUGCUGCUUCUGACGUUCCAACCGUUAUCCAGAGAAUACGAGCGCUCUAUCAUGCCGGAUUGCACUCCGACAACAAGAACAAGCUUGCCGACUUUGCGUGCGCACUCGUCGACCACGUUAAAUACCUCUCGGACCAAACACCGCCCGCUUCUUUGACUGUCAUUGAAUCCAUGAUUCGCCAUAUCCAUUCUCUAUCGAGAUCUUACUCUGCGCGAAUCGCGACACAGUUCCGAGAGCACCUGAAGCAAAUCCAAGCAUCGAACGAUCCUACUCCAGGAGAUCUGGCGCUUCUGACUGCAAUUGGCACCACAUACCCCACAUCUGAUCACUUCCACCAAGUCGUGACUCCUGCCAUCACGGUGAUGGCUCGCUGGAUGGGUCUCACCACGCCCAACUCGACCAAGGAUGUUGCUACGGGAGCAUAUAUUGGCGCAGUAUGUCUUCAGUACCAGAGACUAUCCAAACGAUAUGUGCCAGAGCUGAUCCGCUACACAUCGCUCUGCCUGAAGUCGCCACAUACCACCCCAGCUAUCCUCGCCGCACAUAGUAAAAACAUCCUCACAGCCGCCGACCUUUGGUCAAACUCCCCCUCUUUUACCGAGAUCUUUACCCCCCUUAUCGCGCCCCUCAAAUCCGCCAACCAAAAAUCGACCCUCCAAACCCUCAACGCGCGCCUCACCACCGCCCGUCUCCGCCGCCGUCCCCAACUCCUGCACGACCACCGCCCUCUCCCCAUCAAAACCAGCAUUCCCAAGUUCGAAGAAUCCUUCGACCCUAACAAGCACUACGACCCUGACAAGGAGCGCUCAGAAGCCGCGAAGCUACAGAAGGAGUACAAGCGCGAGAAGAAGGGUGCGCUCAGGGAACUCCGCAAGGACUCGAAUUUCAUUGCGAGGGAGAAGUUGCGCGAGAAGAAGGAGAAGGAUGCGGCGUAUGAGAGCAAGUACAAGAGGCUUGUGGCGGAGAUCCAGGGCGAGGAGGGCAGGGAGAAGAAUGUUUAUGAGAGAGAGAAGAGGAAGAGGCAGAGUGGGCGGUAG